CUUUAUAAUAAUGCAACAGCAGCACUGGUUGCGUAAAUGGAAUUUUGAUAUGGCCAUUAUAUUAAAUUAUGACGCUUGGUGAUGUACGAGUUGAGAACAAAAUACAAACAAGAAGUGAAACCUGUGCUAUCAAUGGAAUGGCUUUAGACAACAAGAAUGGAAUCAUAAAACAGAAUGACGCAACCAUUUCGUUCUUACGUGCUGCUCGCAGCGGAGACAUUAAAAAGGUGAUGGAUUUUUUGGACUGUGGAGAAAUAUCAGACAUAAAUAGCUGCAAUGCAAACGGUCUUAAUGCACUUCAUUUAGCUGCAAAGGACGGAUAUGUGGACAUAUGCUGCGAGUUGCUAAGAAGGGGCAUAAAGAUCGAUAAUGCCACAAAAAAGGGAAACACAGCCUUGCACAUUGCGUCUUUGGCGGGGCAGCAUGAUGUCAUCAAUCAGCUAAUUUUAUAUAAUGCUAAUGUGAACGUGCAGUCUCUUAAUGGUUUCACCCCGCUUUAUAUGGCAGCACAAGAAAACCACGACAAUUGUUGUCGAACCCUAUUGGCCAAUGGGGCAAAUCCGUCAUUAUCUACAGAAGAUGGCUUCACACCACUUGCGGUAGCAAUGCAGCAGGGACACGACAAAAUUGUAGCUGUCUUACUUGAAAAUGACGUGCGUGGGAAGGUUCGCCUACCAGCUCUUCAUAUUGCUGCGAAAAAAAAUGAUGUAAAUGCAGCUAAGUUAUUACUUCAACAUGAUCCCAAUGCUGACAUCGUUUCCAAAUCAGGAUUCACCCCUUUGCACAUAGCAGCUCAUUAUGGGAACGUGGACAUUGCCACUUUGCUUUUGAACAACAAAGCAGAUGUAAACUAUGUAGCCAAACAUAACAUAACUCCCUUACAUGUGGCAUGUAAAUGGGGAAAGUUAUCACUUUGCACUUUAUUACUGUGCCGAGGAGCAAAAAUAGAUGCGGCGACUCGUGAUGGUCUUACACCACUUCACUGUGCGUCUCGCUCCGGUCAUGUAGAAGUUAUUAAGCAUUUGUUGCAGCAAAACGCGCCGAUACUGACAAAAACGAAGAAUGGUCUGUCUGCGCUCCACAUGGCUGCACAGGGUGAGCACGACGAAGCAGCUCAUUUAUUGUUGGACAACAAGGCUCCAGUAGAUGAAGUUACUGUGGAUUACUUAACAGCUCUUCACGUUGCUGCUCACUGUGGUCAUGUUAAAGUAGCUAAGCUUUUACUUGAUUACAAGGCAAAUCCAAAUGCCCGCGCGCUCAACGGUUUCACUCCUCUUCAUAUUGCGUGCAAGAAAAAUCGUAUUAAGAUGGUUGAACUACUUAUUAAGCACGGAGCUAACAUUGGCGCAACCACGGAAUCUGGCUUAACACCUUUACAUGUAGCUAGUUUUAUGGGAUGUAUAAAUAUUGUAAUAUAUUUACUACAACAUGAGGCUAGUGCGGAUUUACCAACAAUACGCGGAGAAACACCACUUCACUUGGCAGCUCGUGCUAAUCAGGCGGAUAUUAUUCGAAUUUUACUUCGCAGCGCAAAAGUGGAUGCUAUUGCCCGUGAAGGCCAAACGCCACUUCAUGUAGCUUCUCGAUUAGGAAAUAUUAAUAUAAUUAUGUUAUUACUGCAGCAUGGAGCAGAGAUAAAUGCUCAAUCUAAUGACAAAUAUUCGGCGCUGCAUAUUGCUGCAAAAGAAGGACAAGAGAAUAUAGUCCAAGUGUUACUGGAAAAUGGUGCGGAAAAUAAUGCUGUUACCAAAAAAGGGUUUACUCCACUGCAUUUAGCUUGCAAAUACGGAAAGCAGAAUGUGGUUCAAAUAUUACUACAAAAUGGAGCUUCUAUUGAUUUUCAGGGGAAAAAUGAUGUGACCCCAUUACACGUGGCCACGCACUACAAUAAUCCCUCAAUAGUAGAACUCCUUUUAAAAAAUGGGUCAUCGCCAAAUUUAUGUGCCCGAAAUGGUCAAUGUGCUAUUCACAUAGCUUGCAAAAAAAAUUAUCUGGAAAUUGCGAUGCAGCUGUUGCAACACGGUGCAGACGUUAAUAUUAUUAGCAAGAGUGGCUUCUCUCCGUUACAUUUGGCGGCUCAAGGGGGAAACGUUGAUAUGGUCCAACUACUUCUAGAGUAUGGAGUUAUUAGCGCCGCUGCAAAAAAUGGCCUAACACCAUUACAUGUGGCUGCCCAGGAGGGCCAUGUUCUUGUAUCACAGAUUUUACUGGAGCACGGUGCUAACAUUUCAGAGCGCACUAGGAAUGGUUAUACUCCCCUUCAUAUGGCUGCCCAUUAUGGUCACCUCGAUCUUGUCAAGUUUUUUAUUGAGAACGACGCUGACAUUGAGAUGUCUUCUAAUAUCGGGUAUACCCCGCUUCAUCAAGCCGCUCAGCAAGGUCACAUUAUGAUUAUUAAUCUUUUAUUACGCCAUAAAGCGAAUCCAAAUGCUUUAACAAAAGACGGGAACACAGCUCUCCACAUUGCAAGUAACCUUGGAUACGUAACUGUAAUGGAAUCCCUCAAAAUUGUCACUUCAACAUCCGUUAUUAAUUCAAAUAUUGGUGCGAUUGAAGAAAAACUCAAGGUAAUGACUCCAGAGCUUAUGCAAGAAACCUUACUUUCCGAUUCCGAUGACGAAUCUUGUGAUGAUCUUUUGGAUCAUAACCAUUACAAAUACAUGGCAACUGAUGAUUUAAAAGCCAACUACGGCCAGGAUCAGAAGAACUUCGAUACUACAAACACCGACCACGAUCUUACUGAUGUUUCAGUACUAAAUAAGAAAGAAAUACUACCCAAUGAAAUGAGCUGUAUUGAAUUGACUGAAAUCGGGCACAAACCCGAUAACGUUGUUAUUGCCCGAUCCCAAGUUCAUUUAGGGUUUCUGGUGUCGUUCUUGGUAGAUGCACGUGGCGGAUCCAUGCGCGGAUAUCGGCACAAUGGUGUGCGCAUUAUCGUACCUCCAAAGGCCUGCGCUGAACCAACACGAAUAACAUGUCGAUAUGUUAAGCCGCAAAGGGUAGUCAACCCUCCGCCUUUAAUGGAGGGUGAAGCACUUGUGAGUCGCAUUUUGGAAAUGUCACCUGUUGACGGAAUGUUUUUAAGUCCAAUAACUUUAGAAGUUCCACACUAUGGCACCCUUAGAAAAAACGAGCGCGAAAUUAUUAUACUCCGGUCCGACAAUGGAGAAAGUUGGCGUGAGCAUAACUUAUAUAAAGACAUAAUAGGUGAAGAUAUAAACCAAACGGAGGAAUUUCAUUCGGAUCGCAUCGUUCGGAUCGUUACUCAAAAUGUUCCGCACUUUUUUGCUGUUGUUUCGCGAGUUCGUCAGGAAGUGCACGUUAUUGGACCUGAUGGUGGAACCGUUUUCUCUACAGCAGUGCCCCAGGUCAAAGCUAUAUUUCCGCCUCAUGCUUUAACUAAAAAAAUUCGAGUCGGUCUUCAGGCUCAGUCAGUAGACCUGGUUGAAUGUUCUAAACUGCUCGGUCAAGGGGUCGCUGUCUCACCCGUAGUAACUGUGGAGCCACGCCGUCGAAAAUUUCACAAAGCUAUUACAUUAAGCAUUCCAGCUCCAAAAGCAUGUACAAAUAGUAUGGUUAAUGCAUGUUAUGGCAAUGGAAAUUCAAGUUCGCCUACUCUUCGACUUUUGUGUUCCAUUAGUGGUGGUCAAACCCGAGCAACAUGGGAGGAUGUUACUGGAUCAACACCGUUGUCAUUUGUUAGAGACAGUGUAACAUUUACCACUACUGUUUCUGCCCGGUUUUGGCUAAUAGAUUGCCGUAAUAUCAUAGACGCAGGACGAAUGGCCACAGAACUUUAUAGUCAUUUGGCCAAAGUUCCUUUUUAUGUCAAGUUUGUAAUAUUUGCAAAACGAAUUUCCCAAACGGAAGCAAAAUUUUCAGUAUUUUGCAUGACUGAUGAUAAAGAGGAUAAGACCCUUGAGCAACAAGAAUAUUUUAAAGAAGUUGCCAAAAGCAGGGAUAUCGAAGUAUUGCAAAAUCAAAUUGUAUAUCUUGAAUUCGCUGGUAACAUUGUUCCCAUUUUAAAGAAAGGCGAACAGCUGUAUACCAAGUUUCAACCUUUUUGCGAAAACCGGCUUUCCUUUAGUGCUCACAUUAAAGAUCAAGAAUUUCCACAUGGUCGCAUCUGCUUUAUGACCUACCCGAUGGUAGGACCAGAUGAAGUGCCCCUGAAGCCGCUUUGUACUCUGAACAUUUCAGUGGAUUUUAAAACUAUAACAAACCAUCUCGAAAGAGAUAACCUGCAUAGCUUGAACGAUUGUAUAAAUGCGCAUGGAAAAUUAAACCACAAUGAAAAUAUUGUAUUUGGAGUAAAGGAACAACAGGUGAAGAAAAUUGAUAUUACUAAAGCUUGUAUAAUGUCAAGUGACAUCAAACUAAUUCAUGAGGCUGAUGUAAUAUUAGACGACAUAUGUAGCCACUUAGGAAGUGACUGGCCUUUGCUUGCAAAUGUAUUGGGUGUUUCCCAAGCCGAUAUCGAUCUUGUUAAAACAGAAUUUUUGUUAAACGACAGCGUAAAGCAGAGCAUGGCAAUGUUACAGCUAUGGCUAGAACAUGGAGGCAUAUUGACGGGCAAUGUACUAGCUGAAGCCCUCUACAAAAUCGGCCGCUCAGAUAUAGUGGAGAAAAGCUUUAAAAAUGCAGAGUUUGGCACUCAUCAACCGGAAAAAGUUUUGCCGACUGCCGGAAUUGAAAAAGAUGGCGAUUAUGAACAGUAAUUUACAAAGUCUACAGGUCCUUAGCAAGAUAUUUUUAAAAACGCAGAUGGUAAGUUUAGUAUUGAUAAAAUAUAUGUACUGCAACGCAGGUGUCACUAAAAGGAGUAAAUUGAUACUAAUGCAAUACUUAACAUUUGACCAUUACGUUAGAAAGAAGAACAAAUUAUAAUACUUGAAAACCAGAUCUAAAUUUAUUUUACGUACGCAACAUCGUGCGUCACACAUCGAGCAGCAAAGGAUCUGAAACAGAGGGAGGAGGAGUGUAGAGUGAUAUUAACAAAGAAAAUGCAGCUCGACAAAUAACGAGCGUCAAAUAGGUAUUCCAACGGGCACAAUUGUUCACAUGGAAAUUCUAAUUCUAAUUGGCAAAGUUCAUCAGUCGGGCAUUGACUCCCAAAAUAGGGGAAAUAGUAAAAUAUUAUCCUAGUCCUCUAGUCCGAUAAAAAAAGAAGUCGCUAAGGAAGUCCAUUGAAGAAGGACCUACAUUUUCAACCUCCAACGCAGUCCAGGAAUGGCUGCAUGCAGUCGAAAAUGGACUGCCAAAUGGAAUGUGGCCAUUAACUCCUCGAAGUCAGCCUGUGUAACUUUUACCCUGCGGCCCGGAACUUGCACAGAUCUGACUUUUGAUGGAAACCCCGUCAACAAUGUCACAUCGCACUGCUACCUAGGAGUUCAUCUAGAUCGGAGACUGACCUGGAGGGCCCACAUCACGUCGGUCAAAUUCAAGUCACUGGCGAAACUAAAAAAGCUCGACUGGCUCUUCCACUCCAGUAAACUACAAAUGAGCUCUAAGGCUCUUUUAAUCAAAGCCAUACUUGCUCUAACGUGGAGUUAUGCCAUCCAGGUGUGGGGAACUGCCGCCAAAUCCCAGCUCAAUAGGCUCCGUGUGGUCCAGUCGAGAGCUGCAAGCCAUGCAUCUGGGCUCCCCUGAUCAAUUUUCACAGCAGCCGUUAUGCCGACAGGCUUAUGGUCCACCCGAAUCAACUAGCAAACAUCCUAGCUAAUCCCAUCUCCCUCCGAAGGCUGAAGAGGGUACACCCCACCGAUCUCCCUACCCGG